AUGAUACGCUCAUUUACUUUUAACCUCGCCGCGACGACGCGCGCGUCGACCUCGAUUGCUCUCCCAGCGCGGAUAGGCAAGCCAGCACCUGACCGAGUCAGUUCCACCCCGAAGGGGCCCUUCAGCUCUACAGCGCGGCGGCAUGACUUUCACUUCGACACGCACCACUUUGUGCAGCGAUUAGAACGCGAAGGGCUCAACCGCGCGCAGGCCGUAGGCAUCAUGUCCGCCAUGGCCGAGGUCAUCGACGAGAGCAUCCGGAACAUGACAAGCAACAUGGUCACGAAGGCCGACCAGGAGAAGCACCGCUACACGCAACAAGUCGACUUCGCGCAGCUCAAGUCUGAACUGCAGCUCAUGGAGAAGAACGAGCUCGCGAUGAUCAAGGCGGAGAACGACCGGCUCGUGACUGACAUCGACAAGCUCAAGCAGCGCCUCCGCGAGGAGAUCAUGCGCACGCAGGCAGGCGUGCGCCUCGACCUCAACCUCGAGAAAGGCCGCAUGCGCGAGGAGACGAGCAAGCAGGAGCUGAAGAUCAAGGAGGUCGACACACGCAUUGAGCAGGAGAUCGCCGCCCUCCGCACCUCCAUCCAGGUCUCUAAAGCCACGACGUUGCAGUAUCUCGUCGGUUUUGUCACUGGCUGCUCAGCGCUUCUCAUGGCGUAUAUGCGCUUCCGCUAUUAG